AUGGCACCAUCACGUAUAGACGAUAGCUCUCCCAAUGGAAGUGGCGAAGAAUCUCCCCAUCCUGUUCAAAAGUCAACACAGGGAGGAUUCCCUGUUCCUGGUGUGCAGAAUCCAUCUGCCACAUCUGUCAUGCCUGAUAAUACCUGGGAAAAUAUACUUUCCCAUGGCAAGUUUGACUACAUUGUGAUUGGAUCCGGUUUCACCGCACUUGCCUUCAUUGAUGAAGUCCUGAAGCAUGAUAAGAAGAAGCAAAUUUUGUGCAUUGAAAGAAGUGACUUUUGGCUUCCAACCCACUUUCAAAACCUCCCUCUGCCAUUUAAGACAGUGCUCGGAGGCCCGUCGGAAACCUACCCUUGGACACUUUCUACAGAGACAUUCAAGACGAAGGAACUUGGCUUUCUCCAUGGAUCAUGCCCAUUCUUCGGCGGGAGGAGCACCUUUUGGUCCUCCUACAGCCCACAACCUACUGAAGACUUGAUGAGGGACUUCCCAAAGUCCAUGAUUGAUGCGACCAAGAAGGAUGGCUUCUGGAGUGCUGCUGAGAAGUUGCUUAACGUGAUACCAGCGGACAAAAUAAGAGACGGCAUUUACUGUGAAAUGCAGAAUGCCAUUGAUGGCCUUCUCAAGAAGAGACUAGGUCAAAUCCCCACUGCUGAUUCUGUCGAGCCAGCUCCCUUGGCUGUUGGUCCUAAGUCGCGCACAUCUACCCUGCGCUUCAACAAGUUUUCCGUUCCUGGCCCACUGGUUGCGCUGCACGAAAGUCAGCGCAAACUUGCCGAGAAGGGAGAAGGACGGCCAUUAGAGCUAAGGAUCAAUUGUACCGUCACCGGACUGAAGGCUGAUGAGGGAGGAGUCGUCCGAGCUAUCGAAACCAAUCGGGGUUUGCUCUCAUGGACUGACGACAAUACAAAAGUAGUUUUAUGCGCUGGAGCCGUUCCUAAUGCCACAUUACUUCUCAACUCAUUCGAGGAGUGUCGCCCCUCAAAUGGCAAUGUUGGCAAACGCCUAUCAGGUCAUGUCCGGUCAAACAUUACAGCACGUAUUCCAGGUGAAGCUAUCCAUUGGGAUGGGAAAAAUUCACUCCAGCUUGCUUGCACAUAUCUUGCUAGAAAAGAUCCGACCACACAUCGCGAGUACCAUAUUGGGAUUUCUGCAAUUCAUAGUCCCAAUCCAGAGGCUGACGCCGAGGACGCAGGGCGAGAAUGUCCUGACUAUGCCGCAGCCGCCACGGAUGAGCAACUCAAAGGGUCUGAGAAGCAUAUUGUGUUUGUCUGCUCGGGAUUGGGUGAGCUGGACGAAGGCAAUAAGAAGAAUUGGGCCAAAUUAAACAAUACACAUGAUCCUGCAUCCAAUGUCACCGUGCAAUAUACAGUGAGCCCAAAAGAUAAAAAGAUGUGGGAUACUAUGGACACGGCAAUCUACCAAACAAUUGAAGCCCUUUCUGGCAAUCAACCGAAAGCUAUUGAGUAUUGGGACGACAGAGCUAAUAAAUGGGUCGAAGAGAAACCCUCCACGGAAUCGGUUCGUGCACCCGGAGUGGUACAUGAGGCGAGCACGGCUUUUGUUGGACGCAAGCACCAAGGUGGUUCGCUGGACAGCUUCUACCGACCACAUGGAAUUGCUAAUGUAUUUGUUACGGGUGGAGCGGUUUUCCCCACGUCAGGAAGUUGGAAUCCGACAAUGACAAUGUGUGCGUAUGCACAAGACCUUGCAAGAAAGCUUGUAUGUAGUCCGCGCUUGAUCCCACCAUCUCAGGACUAUGAGGAUCCGAACUAG